AUGUCAAACUCAAAGCCAACCACUAUUGUCGAUGCAUUCACUUCAUGGUACAUGAAGAGACUCAAAUCUAACCCAAUCCAAACAAAGGCUCUUACAUCUGCUACAUUGUCACUUGCUAGCAAUGUUAUUGCUCAAGGUUUGAUUGAAAGAAGAAAGAUUGAUUGGUCACGUGUCAUCAAGUUCACCAUUUGGGGUUCAAUCUCUUCACCAUUGGUUCAUUUCUGGCAUAUCAUUCUUGAUCGUCUCUUUAGAAACGUCAAGUCACAAUACGCUGCUUGGGGCAAGUUAAUCGUUGAUCAAUUGAUUUUCGCACCAUUUAUCAAUAUUUGUUUCUAUGUUGCUUUGGCAUUGUUGGAUCGUAAACCAAACUCUAUUCUCAUUAAGCUUUACCUUGAUCUCUGGCCAACUCUUCUUGCCAGUUGGAAGGUAUGGCCAAUUGCCCAAUUCAUCAACUUCUCCUUUGUUCCAGCUCAACUCCGUGUCUUAUUCGGUAACUUUGUUGGUUUCAUGUGGUCCAUCUAUCUCACUAUCUUGACCUCAAAAAAGAACAGAAUCAACUAA